UGUAAGGAGCAGCCUUCGGGAGCCAGGUGGGAAGAAGCUGGCGCGGGUUCGGGGCAUUGGGCAGAGCCGGCCGUCGAGGCUAUGGAUUUAUUGAGGACUAUCGCCUACCAGCCAGGCAGCACCGGGGCCGCCGGCGGGGGCAGCGGCAAGAUGGGGGAGCAGGCGCUGGGCAAAGCCUGCAGCGGGGAGUCUCGGAGGAAGAAGGCGGCGGCGGCGGACGCGGAGCAGCAGCAUCACCACCACCCGCACUCGGCCGCCGAGGUCUCCCGGAUUAUUAUCGACCCCACCACGGGAAGGCGGUAUUGCCGCGGCAAGGUGCUGGGAAAGGGUGGCUUUGCAAAGUGUUACGAGAUGACAGACCUGACCACGAACAAAGUCUACGCUGCCAAGAUCAUUCCUCACAGCCGAGUGGCCAAGCCUCAUCAAAGAGAGAAGAUCGAUAAAGAAAUUGAGCUGCACAGGUUGCUCAAUCACAGGCAUAUUGUGCAGUUCUACCAUUACUUUGAAGACAAAGAGAACAUUUACAUUCUCCUGGAGUACUGCAGUCGAAGGUCUAUGGCUCACAUCUUGAAAGCCAGGAAGGUAUUGACGGCGCCAGAAGUGCGAUACUACCUCAGGCAGAUUGUGUUGGGAUUGAAAUACCUUCACGAGCAAGAGAUCUUGCACAGAGAUCUAAAGCUAGGUAACUUCUUCAUUAAUGAUGCUAUGGAAUUGAAAGUAGGUGACUUUGGACUGGCAGCCAGGCUUGAACCUAUGGAGCACAGAAGGCGAACGAUCUGUGGCACACCAAAUUACCUUUCUCCAGAAGUCCUGAACAAACAAGGGCAUGGCUGUGAAUCGGAUAUAUGGGCCUUGGGCUGCGUCAUGUAUACAAUGCUAUUGGGAAGACCUCCAUUUGAAACCACUAAUCUAAAGGAAACCUACAGGUGUAUCAGGGAAGCAAGAUAUUCGUUGCCAUCAUCAUUGAUGCCCCCAGCGAAGCAUUUGAUUACAAGCAUGUUGUCAAAAAACCCUGAGGACCGUCCAAGUUUAGAUGACAUUGUUCGGCAUGACUUCUUCUUGCUGGGCUUCACCCCAGAGAGGCUUCCAGCGAGCUGUUGUCACACAGUUCCUGACUUCAAUUUGUCAAGCCCGGCCAAGAAUUUCUUCAAGAAGGCAGCGGCAGCUCUCUUUGGGGGCAAGAAGGAAAAAGCAAGAUACUUUGACACACACAAUCGAUCGGCUAAAGAAGACGAAGAAAUAUACAAACUUCGGCAUGACUUGAAAAAGACCUCUAUAACCCAGCAGCCCCCAAAGCAUAGACCAGAGGAGGAGAGCCAACCUUCCAACAUCCCUGUAGCCAAACCCGGCAUGCUAACAGAGACCAAACAGAUAGGAGAUGCUAUCCGAAUGAUAGUCCGAGGAACGUUGGGCAGCUGCAGCAGCAGCAGUGAAUGCCUUGAAGAUAGUACUAUGGGGACUGUAGCUGAUACCGUUGCGAGAGUCCUGCGUGGAUGUCUAGAGAACAUGCCUGAAUCGGAUCAUAUUCCCAAAGAACAGCUGACUGCCUCUUUCCAAUGGGUCACAAAAUGGGUGGACUAUUCCAACAAAUAUGGCUUUGGUUAUCAGUUGUCGGACCACACUGUGGGUGUCCUCUUCAACAAUGGUGCACACAUGAGCCUCCUCCCAGACAAGAAAACAGUCCAUUACUAUGCAGAGCUCGGCCAGUGUUCAGUUUUUUCUGCUCCUGAUGCUCCUGAACAGUUCAUCAGUCAAGUGACUGUUCUGAAGUACUUUUCUCAUUACAUGGAGGAAAACCUCAUGGAUGGAGGGGACUUGCCCAGUGUGACAGAUGUCCGCAGACCUCGGCUUUACCUCCUGCAGUGGUUGAAAUCUGAUAAGGCACUGAUGAUGCUUUUCAAUGAUGGCACCUUCCAGGUGAACUUCUACCACGAUCACACAAAGAUCAUAAUUUGCAACCAAAGUGAGGAGUACCUGCUUACCUACAUCAAUGAAGAUCGGAUAUCGACGACUUUUCGCUUGACGACUCUUCUGAUGUCUGGGUGCUCACUGGAGCUAAAGCAUCGAAUGGAAUAUGCGUUGAAUAUGCUGUUGCAAAGGUGUAAUUAAAAGAACUCUUCUAAAAUCAAAAGAACUUCUCUUGCUGAAGUCUACCAAUGGAGGCAGUUGGGAAGACCAGUAUGUUGACGGAGGAGGAGGAGGGGACUGGUACGAACCACUAUUUCGUCUUGCGUGCUGGGCUGGGACCAGACAUGAAGCCUGCAUUCUGCUUUGUUGGAUUAAUGGUGUGACAAGGAAUUCUUUGGAAUGUAGCUUUCCUUGCCUUGAAAGAUAUGAGUAGAACUUGAAGCUCUGCAGUGAACAGUUCUGAUGGAGGACUCUAAACUGUGAAUAACACUUGAGGAUCUGGGAGGGAGGGAAGCACUCGAUGUUGUGGAAUAAUUGUUAAGGGGCAGUUCUGUGACUGCUUAACUGUGAACUAUGGCCAUACUUUUUUUUUCUUAUUUUCUUCCAAGAACUGAUCACACUUGUGGCUGGCAAAGUGCAUUCCUUGUUAAUAAUUUUUUAAUUUAUUACAGCCCAAAGUGGAAGUAUUUAUUAUAUACACACACAUUUUUUUUGCAACUGUGAUUUUAAGAAAACAUUUGUUGGCAAUAAAGAGUGGG